UGUAGUCUUGUACGAGUCAAACGAUUAUAAAACGGAAGUCACAAAAAUGCAAUUUACUCCAAAAGUGACCAUUCAGGCGUACACCACGGCACGGGCUCCGGCAGCAUUCAUCCAUGAUUUCUCAGCCUCUUCUGCACAACUCCGCCCAAUUCAAAGGCCUGCCCUUUGGAAUCGCAUUUGAUAUUGAUGGUGUCAUCCUUCGCGGCCGUGCUCCGAUUGCUGGCGCUGCUCAAGCAAUCCAAAGAUUGUACCAUAAAGAUGGUACUAUGAAGGUUCCUUUUCUGUUCUUGACGAAUGGAGGUGGUUUGCCAGAAUCAAAGCGAGCAUUAGAGUUGAGUGAACUUCUAGGAGUGAAUAUUUUGCCUUCUCAGGUUGUACAAGGCCAUUCCAUGUUUAGGAAUCUAUUGGGAAGGUAUCAGAAUGAACUCAUUGUCGCUACUGGAAAGGGGGACCCUGCUUUGGUUAUGAGUGAGUAUGGUUUCAAUAAAGUGUUCUCUAUAGAGGAAUACACAUCAUACUUUAAGGAUAUUGAUCCUGUAUCACAGUAUAAGAACUGGACAACUAUGCCUAAGAAUGAUCAAAGCAGUACCCUGAUGAAGAAAGCUUCUGCUUGUGAUGUGUACAGAGAGAGAGUGAAGGCAGCGUUUGUUGUUAGUGAUCCUGUAGAUUGGGGCAGGGACAUCCAGGUUCUUUGUGACAUUUUAAGAACUGGAAGCCCUUCUGGACAGGAGAAUGGAGGUCAACCAGCGUUAUAUUUUGCAGCUGAUGAUCUUGAAUACCAGGCUGCAUUUCCAGCCAAACGUCUCGGUGUGGGUGCCUUUAGGAUUGCACUGGAAAGUAUAUUCAACAGAGUUCACCACACUCCACUUGAGUGCAUAAUUUAUGGAAAACCUGAGCCUCUUGCUUUCAAGAAUGCAGAGGCCACUUUAAGACAGCUUCAUUGCCAUACAGAUUUUGACGUUCAAUUGAACAAUAAUCAAUCAGAUUAUUUCAGAGCUCUUUACAUGGUGGGUGAUAAUCCAUCAGUUGACAUAAAAGGCGCAAGACAGGCUGGAGAUCCUUGGAUACCUGUUUUGACGCGAACAGGUCUGUUCCAAGGCAAAGGAAAUCACAAAGAGUAUCCCGCAGAUCUGGUUGUGGAUACAGUGAAAGAUGCUGUUGACUACAUCUUGGAGAAGGAAUUCUCUUCAGUGUGUACAUCUGGUUAAUUAAUUUUAAAUGCUAUGGAGCAGCUCUACUAUGCUUCCUAUACUGAUUUACAGGCUCGAAUAUCAUUCUUUUUAAUGCAAAUAUAAAUUACAUCCAUUUAUCGAAUUGUUGUAUCAUCUCUUUGUGCCUGUAGAAGAUGAAAUUAUCCCCUCAAAUUUGUGGCCUGAUAUGGGUAUAUGUUGUAAUUACAAUUGGUCAUAUCUGACUUUGUUGGUAGUUAAAUUCAUCAACUGUGGUCAUGAAUUUCUGUAAUACAAUAAAUACAGGAUACAUUUGGGUUUUAAAUUCGUA